CAUCUUCAAGUUGACUCGGUGACCCUUGCCGCUUGCCAGAGCGUCUCGUUCAUUGUUCUUUCAUAGUUUAGCCGCCGUUUUUCCACAAGUUACAACACAGCUGUCCAGCGUAGAUGGAUAUUAGCCUAGCAUGAUGGCGGCAGCUCAAAAUGAGUCUCUAGCACCUGCCAACAUCAAUGCCAGUCAAGGAAUUUGGGAGCAUUUUACAAAAACACUCCACAAAGUCAACACUGCACAUUACGAAGCGAUUUGCAAUAGGUGCGCUGCAAAGGGUUUGAAAGGUGACAAGAGUGCCCAUCAUUGCUUAUGGAACAGAGUGAACAUGGUUCGUCAUCUCUCAAGCUGAUGCAAUGUGCCAAGUGACAUUCGCCGCAAAUGCCACUUUCACAAAUCAGACCUAAAUGCCAAGCAAAGUGGAUUCAAGCGCAAGAUCUCUGAUGGGUAUUCUGGUGUUAACAGCCAGGUUUUAGAAUUGUUCUCUGGAGGAGCGAGCACACAGAGCAGGUUUUUCACAGUGCCCAUUGCUGAUGCGCCGCUCGCUGCAACACAGCGUAGAGAGUUUGAGAGGCUUCUCCUCGAAUUCACAGUCCAGUGUGCAAAGGGUUUUGACUAGGUGGAAAAGCCCUCAGCAAAAGCCUUGUUCGCAUUCCUGCGCAAUAAAGCAAAGUUGCCAGCUUGGAAGACUUUGGCUGGACCAAUCUUGGAGAGAGAAGCGCUCACUAUAGAGACUGAUAUGAAGAAGGAGCUCAAGACGAGCCCGUUACCCUCAUUCAGGACUCCUGGACGAAUGUCAAGCGUGAGCAACUCCUGGGUUUCACGGUGGCAAUAGCUAAUCGCAAUGUUUGCCGCAACAGAGUUGGAGGAGAAGUUUGGUGCAAAGAUGAUUGGCUGAGUGUCUGACGCUGUAGCUGCAUGUCAAAAAGCUCGCAGGAUCGCAGCAGCUGAAAUGCCAAGGCUGAUUGUCAUGGACUGCGUAGUCCACUAGAUCCACCUGAUGAUGAGUGAUUACCUCAAGUCCAAUAAUCGCUACCCGGAAGUCAUGAAGCAGACGCUUCAGCUGCUUGUCUGGUUCACCAGUCACACUGUGCCGAAUGCCCGGCUUCAAGAGAAGCUUGUACUGGUGGAGAGCAAGACAAUGGCGCUGAUUCUUCCGACCAUCACGCGGUGGGAGUCCCACGUGGAGAGCAUUUGAAGACAGCUGCAGGAGCAGCGGGCGAUGAAGUUGCUGGUGCUCGAGCAGAAGGCCAAGUUGGUAGCUUUAGUGGGAAAUUCAGCGGCAUCAAAGAGGAAGGAUGAGGUUGUACUUGACAUUAUCGAAAAACCCUCUUUCUGGAAGAUGCUCAAUCAGGUUUGCAUGCAUCUUAUGCCUCUGAAGGUUGCGGGCAGAUUGCUCGAGUAGUACGCUACUAGGCUCGACAUUGUCGUGCGAACGCUGACACGGCUAAGCAAAAACUUCCAAAACAUCCCUGAGGUUGAUGCAUCACACGCGCUCGAAAGCACCCUCGAGAAGCGAUGGCUGAAGAUGCUGCAACCGAUCAUGAUGCUCGCAUACGUGCUCCACCCUAUGUUGCAACUCAAUCACAUCAACCGCAUGGAGUUGAUUGCCCAGCCGCACAACCUGUGUUAGUUGGCAGGCGACUUGUAUAUGGAGUACUUUGGCGGGAACAUUGAGGACAAGAAUGCUGUGAUUCGACAGUUUGGGGAGUAUAAAACCCACAAAGACGACUUCAGUUUGGUCAAUGCCUACGCAUGCGAAGAAGACCCGACGGGCUUUUGGGAAAUGAUGCAAGACGCGAAGCCUCAACUGGCUGCCGUUGCACUUCGGCUUUUUGGGAUGUCUGUGCAUGCGGGCUCAGUUGAAAGGCUGUGGUCCGCAUUGGGAUUAAUCCAGACCAAGAGUUGCAACCGCCUCGACUCGGCCAAAGCGGUAAAAAUUGCGCAGAUCCAAGCAGUAAUGCGCAGCAGGGUUGCAAUCCAGGAAGUGACGGCGCAGGCAAAGCCACGGGGUACGAACGCAUCCCAACGUCAGUUCCAGCGCCUGUAUCUUCCAACCGCCUCGGGAGCGACAAGUUCUCUGUCUAUUCCCACGCCACACGCGAGCCAGUAGAUCGGAGCAUCCAGGUUGAACAACAAAACCGAAUGGACUCCGUCUGGAUUUGCCAGCGCUCAGCUGGACGAGACCAUUGCUGAUCUUCCGGAUUUGGUGGUGGCAGAUAAUCAGUGGGCGAAUCUUCUUGAAAUCUGGUUCAACAAGAUUCAUGAGGAGGAAUACGAUGCAGAAGAUCGGUUGGAAUACGGGAUAGGUCAAGCACCCCAUCGAACGAUAAUAAAGCAGUGUUUGCUUUGAAACCUCUUUGCGCCGACUCUAGAGGAGUUCAACAAGAAUGAUAUAGAGUAGGAGACAAACGCUGAUUUGAGCCCAGAGACUAGUCAAAUGAUCUGCCAAUAUUGGAAUCAUAUAAAAGCAGUCAU